AUGAAUCAAAUUGGUAAUUUACAUCGUAGUGGAUCAACUCGAUGGAGCUCUCAUUUUGAAUCUAUUUGCAGUUUAAUUGAUAUGUUUGGUGCAACUAUUUCUGUUCUUGAAAGUAUUGUGGAAGAAGGAUCGUUUAGUUCUUUACGUGGAGAAGCAUGUGGUUGUUUGAUAACUUUGAGAUCUUUUGAAUUUGUUUUCACACUUUAUAUGAUGCAAAAAAUUAUGGGAAUUACAAACCUGCUUUGUCAAGCUUUGCAAAACAAAUCUCUUGAUAUUAUAAAUGCCAUGGAUCUAGUAUCAACUACUGAAGCACUACUUUUCAAUUUUAGAGAAGAAGGAUUUGAUCAUCUCCUAGAAUACGUGCAAAUGGUUUGCAUACAACAUGACAUUGAAAUUCCGGAUCUGAAUGCUUCAUACAAAAGUGCAACAAGACGUUCAUGUCAACAAAAAGAUUCGUUGACAAUUCAACAACACUAUCAUUUCAAUAUCUUCAAUUCAGUGAUAGAUUUUCAACAAGAAGAGUUGAAUUCCAGAUUUAGCGAUGAGGCAGUAGAGCUCCUUAAACUUAGUUCUGCUUUGGACCCUAAAGAUAAUUUUAAAUCAUUUAAAGGUGAAGAUAUUUGCAAAUUGGCUGAAAAGUAUUAUCCAGGAGACUUCAGUGAACAAGAAAUGCAUUAUUUGAGAUCCCAACUUCAGCAUUAUAAAAUUGAUGUUUCUC